CUUGAAAACUCCUCUAUUUCCCAAUCCGCCAUUACUUCCCCUUUCGCCCAUUCUCGCUUUUCCUUUUCCUUAACCGCUAAGGUUUGGAAGAAGAAGGAGCGCCAUCUCUCUCACCUGUCUUCAUCAAUCCCUUCGCUUUCAACUCCUUAAUUCAACUUCCCCGCGGUCUCUGCAGUCCCAGAGAAGGAAAAGGCCAAAAUUCCAGGCAAAACGUUGGGAAGGCGCAAGAAGAAGGAGGUGAAGGAAGAGAUAUGGGGCUGCUUUCCAACAGGAUCCCAAAGGACAGUUUGAAACCAGGGGAUCACAUAUACUCCUGGAGAGCUGCGUAUGUUUACGCCCAUCACGGGUAUCUACAUUGGAGAUGAUAAAGUAGUACACUUCACCAGGCGUGGCCAAGAAGUUGGAACUGGAACCGUACUUGACAUCCUUCUGGUCAGCUCAACCCCCAAAAGACCUCUAGCCCCUUGCCCCACGUGCUCUUCACGUGAAGAAGCCGGUAACAACGGAGUUUUGCUCUCCUGCCUCGACUGCUUCCUCUCCGGCGGCAUAUUAUACCGGUUCGAGUACAGCGUCAACCCUGCUCUCUUCCUUGCAAAAGCUCGUGGUGGAACUUGCACUCUCGCGGAUGCUGACCCAGACGAUGUUGUGGUCCAUCGUGCAAAGUUCCUUCUGGAGGAGAAUGGGUUUGGAUGCUACAAUGUGUUCAAGAACAACUGUGAAGACUUCGCUAUCUACUGCAAGACGGGUCUUCUAGUCAUCAAUCAGACCACAAUGGGCCAGAGUGGUCAGGCUGUGUCGAUUAUAGGUGGCCCGCUUGCUGCGGUCUUGUCUACUCCUCUGCGUCUCGUCACCACAAAUGUCUAUGGUAUGGCAGCAACGGCUGUGGGGGUUUAUUGUGUCAGCAGGUAUGCUGCUGAUAUCGGCAGGAGGACGGAUGUAGUGAAGGUGGAUGUUGAGGACUUGACAAGGAGGCUUGCUACUGGGCUCGUCCAGGUGAUUGAACCGCAGAUUGUGGCUGGACCACUGACUGAGAGUCAAGAAGCUUUGCAGAUUUGCUCGUGAAAUUGCGUUGGUCUUUCUCUUGUCUGUUUGAGGAAAUAAAGAUUGAUUAUGGAAUUCUGAAGCUUGAAUUAAACAGUGUGCGUGUGUGUGUGACUGUGCUGUGUAAUUUUCUUCUGCAGCUGUACUGGACUCGUGCAGUCUAAUAUCGACUGUGUGGUGCCAACGUUUUAUUUAUUGGUAAUCGUACUGUUUUGAGUUGUUUUUUAUCUGGUAAUGUGACAAUGGAGUGUACGCGUUCUAUGUUCAUGUCUACGAGUUGUUGACAUCGUAGUGGCGGAGACAAAAAAACUAAACAGAAAGAGAAUACAAGCACAGUCUGCACAGAUAUAUAUA